AUGGUGCCAUUAGCCCAUCACGAUCAACACUUUUCAAAUUCAGACAACUCUAAGCAACAAACUACAAACAAUUCACCUACACAUCAGUACACAGGUGAUAAACAAAACCAACCCAAUAGCCAACCUGUGACCAAAGAACAAUCUCAAAGUAUAGUCACAUUGCCCCCAUCAAGCUUUAAAAAGAAAGGGCAGAGCUGCUCUACCUUGUCUCCUCUGAAGUCUAAAAGCUCCUAUAACAGGGCUAUGAAAUCAUCAACAUUACACUCAAAAUGCCCAGCAACCCCCUCGAGAGAUUCCCAUUCAAAAAAUUCAUUGCAUUACUCUUGCAAGUCCUUGGACACAUCUUUGUCUCACCGCAAACAUCAUACAACAUCUUCAUCUAAGCUUGCCAAUACUUCAUCAUUGGAACCUAGCCAAACAGGUCCGAGAUCAAGAUUACCCCUCUCAAAGGCUCAAACAUCAUCAAGUACUGACCUUUGCAGAAAAUCACCUUUAUCGGGGUCUACUCAAAGAGUCUCAACAUCAUCUUCAUCUUCCUUCCAACAUCAAGAAACACCUUCCCUAAAUACUACUUGGACUUUACAUUCUUUGGAAUCUAGCCAAAGUGAUUCUAACUCAACAUUAUGCAAAUUUAAAUCACAAAAGGAAUCCUUAUUGGACUGCCUUUGCACAUCUUCAAUAGAUAACCCAAAAGCUUUGAGCUCAUCAGCACUCAACAAACUUCAAAAAAAUGACUCUCCUCCAAAUUCAUCUUCUCUUGAAUCCAAUCGAACUCAGAAUUCACCAUCACCUGACUGUACACCUCUGAAAAUUCCUGUAUCAAACUCUAAUAAUAAUGUUCUGAGCUCACCAUUGUCCCAAGCAAAAUCAAAGAGAUCAAAUUUACCAUUACAUUCUGCUUGUUCAUCUCAGAGUUCACCAACAUGCCAGCCCAAACCUAAAGCUGUGGUCAGAGGUGAUCCUAGCAUGCGGGCCGUUGACUCACCUGUUUCUCAUCCUAAAGUUCAGAAUACUACUUCACCCAAUGACAAACACAGAGCUCAUCAACCACCAUCAACUUAUCCUAAACCACAUGUCUCAGGUCAAAGAACAUCAAGUCCUAGGCCCUUUGGCAAGAAUAAAAAUGGUUCAGUGUCGAAUUCCAAACCUGAGUAUAAAAGUAGCCUUGAAGAAAGUGUAAAGCCAGAACCAGAGAAUGAAAUCCCAUGGCCCUUAGAUUAUAGUCAGCCCUGCAUUAUUAAAGGUGGUACUGUCCCUGAUGAUGUUGUAAAUAAAAUUGUCAAUUCUAUCUCCAAGUCUACAAUCCAGAAGGACCUCUGUAGGCAAAUCCUCUUUCGAAGAAUGAGGGGAAGGCCAAAUCCUCGUCCUGGCCCCCGACUUUCAUCAACAUAUACUGUUUGUUUAGAAUGUGCUUCCUACAUAAAAUCUCAGUGUGACCAUCUUACAGGAAAGAAAGAUCCUCGAUGUGCAACACUCUUUGUCAUACCAACACCUGAGAGCAGCUCUGAUGGGAAACUAGACGUGAAAAUAGUUCUUAUCCUUUCUCUACCAGAGACUUGUUCCUCAUCCUUUUUCCAACUUCCUAUGAAAGAUAGUCAACCUGACGAUAAUAUAGAAGGCCUCAAUGAUAAUCUUGAUGAAUUAGAGAAGAUAACACAGUUUUUCCCUGCAUCUGAAUCUGAUUUAAUUCAGGGGCUCAAUACAAAGAGAAAGUGUUUGGCUUUAUCCCCUGAGGACAAAGAUACAAGCCAAGAGCCCGAGGCUAUUGACUGGCUGUUCUAUGUUAAAAACAGUAAUAGCAUUCAGUCCCAAAACCAGGUUCCAGCCCCAUCUUCUUCUUCUUCUUCUUCCUGCUCCUUUUCCUCCUCUUCUUCCUCUACUGGCCUUCCCUCUCAACAGUCUCCUUGCAGUGACACAACUCCAGUUGCUGUCACAGGUCAUUCCCUUGCAAAGGUAAGAAGUUACCACCGAUUACCUCCAGGGGUCUCCUGGCUUGAGUUCAUAAGGGGUGCAAAUUCUGAAACCACCAAAGUAAGACAAUCAACACCAAUCAAAACUAAGCGUGUGAGGACUCACAACACGAAAUCCAUGAAAAAGGGGAGAAGAGGACCAAGUACACUGCUCAGUUAUUUCCAAACAAAGCUCCAA